AAUAAGAAGCAACGCAGAAGAAGAACAGAUGAAGCCAUCGGCCCACUCUUUCACGUUCUCUCCUCCUUGGUCGGUUUCGAUGGGGCGCACCCUCCCACAAAGAGCGGGUUGUAGGUAUAAGAAGAUAUCUUGGAAAAAAAAUACAUGGAGCCGACCACCCCCCUUUAAUUCUUAAAAAAAAAAGGAAAAUUCCCAUCCUCACUUCCUUCCCCUUUCUUCCCAUCCAAACAACCCAUAGAAAAUACGCACGCAAUCCACCAGAAUCAUAAUCAGAAAUCUGAAUCAGUAUUGUGCAGAGAAGAGGAAAGAAGGGUUGUUAUUGGUUUUUUUUGUUUCAAAUCUAUUCUUCCCUUCUUUCUCUGCAUCUUUCCCUUUUCGCCUUUGCCUAGUUUUGCUUCACCAUCUACGGAGAGGCCAUGCGGAGAGGCAGGGGAGCCGCCGCAGCCAAGGCGUCGCCGUCUCCGGCGGCCUGUGACCCCGAUGGAGCAAAGGAACCCAGAUUCAGAGGCGUAAGGAAGAGACCAUGGGGCCGAUUCGCGGCGGAGAUCAGGGACCCCUGGAAGAAGACGAGGGUUUGGUUGGGGACCUUCGACUCCGCUGAGGACGCCGCUCGGGCCUACGACGCCGCCGCCCGCACCCUUCGGGGGCCCAAGGCCAAAACUAAUUUCCCCCAAUCGUCGCCGACGAUGGUGGCUCCGUUCAGUCACCAGACCCCUGGCGAUCCGUUUGCCGAACAACGCUACCGGUUUUACCCGCCGGAAGAUUUUCACGAGCAGCAGAUUAUGCCUCCCCAGAGACCCACGUCGAGUGGUAUGAGCAGCACCGUGGAGUCCUUCAGCGGGCCGAGGCCGUCGCAACCCAAGACGACGGUUCAGCCGGUGGCAUCGUCGCGGAGGCACCCCAGAACCCCGCCGGUGCUGCCUGACGAUUGUCACAGCGACUGCGACUCGUCGUCUUCUGUCGUCGACGAUGCGGAAAUCGCAUCUUCCUCCUUCCGAAAGGCUUUCCCCUUCGAUCUCAACUUGCCUCCGGUGGACGACGAUUAUUACAACACGGUCUUGUGCCUCUGAUGACCCAAAUGAUUUUACAUUUUUUGCCCUCUUUUCAUUCUUAUCAUGCGGGAAGGAAAAAAAAAAAAAAAAAAUCAAUCAGAUAAGAUUACGAUAAGAAAUCUCACGUCUACGAAUCCACGAUUGCUGCCUGAAGAGAAUCAUCACUUUUUUUUGGGGUUAAUUUUAAUGUUGUGGUUAGAAUAUAUGAAUUAGAGUGUGUGAUCUUUGGGUUUCUUCAACUUCAUCAGCUCUUCCAUUGGGGUUUAUGCUAUCUUGUUGAAGUUGCUUGUAAAGAGGGUCAGUUCUGGUUUGGGUAUUCUCUCCCAAUGAUUUGUCUCUGAUUCCUCUCCCCCAUUUUUUUUCUUAGAUCUGUAUUGUAAAAUAUUAUCUAAUUUAAUGAUGGUCAGAGAAAAUUUCUCCCUCCA